CGUUGUGUGUAAACAUGCAAUGUAAGGGUGGGGCUCGUAGUUGCAAGAUGGCUACAAGUGAUGAUUGUGUCUUUCGUGGAGUGGAAUGGAGCAGCUCUCCCGUUACCUUCCAUAGGAACAAGGGGAGGAAUGUUAAGCUAACAAAGAGCAACACAGUAGCCACUAGAGUGAGAGAUAAAGACUAUGGUAUAGUGUUCACCAGUGAGCCAAUGGUUGCUGGACAGAUGCUCAAGGUCACUAUGACAGAGAGGGAGGAAUGUUCGUUGUUUGGAAUGGAUAUUGGUUUCACUGGAGAGAACCCGGAGGAUUUGACAUGGCGAAAGGAGCACAAGCAUUUGUCUACUAGGGGCACUUCUCUCCAUUGCAAGGACAAGGAACUCUGUAGACUGGGUUUCGACAUUCAUGAUUUUGGAGUGGGUGAUUCCUUAGGAAUGUUGCUGACGCUGGAGAAGGAGGUCCACUGGUUUGUGAAUGAUGUGUGGAGAGGGUCUGUACGUGUGGAGGACUACCCCCUGGACACACCUAUGUGGGGGGUCGUGGACGUGUAUGGACGAUGUAAACAAGUCAAGGCAGAAAUUUGCACUGUGUCCAAGUACAACCCUGACUCAGAGAGGAGGCUGAGAGAGAUAGGAGUAGUUCGCUCAGACGCUCAACAACUUCAACGAGAGUUCUGGGAGGUGUCUCCAGAGGAGGUGUCUAUUAGAGAGGACGAGAUUCUUGUCCGAGGGGCCUGGGGCUACGUUGCCAAGGGAACCUUUAGAGGAACAACGGUGGCUGUCAAACAAGUGUAUCCUGAAAUCCUACGACAGACUACGGUGGAUCGAAUUCGUCGUGAGAUUCGCACCAUGGCUAAGAUCCGCCACCCCAAUUUUGUCCUCUUUGUUGCUGCCGUCCUCAACGAGGAAACAUGUCCCAUGAUUGUCACAGAGCUCCUGGAUACCUCUCUACGUUCUGCCUACCAGGACAAUCGUGUUGGUCCCAACAAGCGAAGGAUCUUUGGAGACAUCUCCUCAGCUCUGGUUUAUCUCCACCGACAGAGGGAACCCAUCAUCCACAGAUAUGUGAGCUCUGCUAAUGUCCUCCUUCUCUCUCUACCCAACAACAAAUGGCUUGCCAAACUCUCUGACUUUGGAUCAGCCCGAGAUGCCACUACUCCUGGAGAAGGUGCUAUCCUGUACACUGCCCCUGAGGCCUAUCCUCAUCCACCUACGUCAUCUCAACCACCACCACAACAGACGACAAAGAUUGAUGUGUACAGUUUUGGAGUGCUUGCUUGUGAAGUGGUGACUCGAACAUUUCCGACAUCUGAACUGUUUCUGCAUUUGCUAUCGAGUAUGGAAGGUGUAUGGCGGGAGCUCCACCCACUCAUCACCUCCUGUGUCUCUCACUCCCCUCAGGACAGACCCUCCAUGGACACUGUGCUACACCACAUCAAACAAUUGGACUCUGAGCCUAUAUAGGACAUUUAGUGUCAUUUCUGUAUGUGUGAUGUGUCUAUAUAUUUUCCAUUGUACUGGACCUCCAAGACUAGCAAUAUAUAGCGAGAUGCAUUUAUAAUUAUGUUUGAGUUUAAUAGUGAAUUAUUUUUGUGUGAAAUAAUUGUAGUCAUGAAUUUAUUUUCUUUCAUG